UUCACUGGAAGACAGUCUGUUGUGAUCAGUGAAGAACUUAGGUAGUGUUUGAAAAACUACGAAGAACAACGAAAAAAUAUUUGAAAAUCAAUUGAAUUUGUUUGAAUUUAUUAACUAAAGGAAAAAAAGUGACAAAAAUGUCUUCAACAAAAUACUUUUUGGCAGUGGCUAUCUUCGUCACCUUAGCUGCAUCGGCCUUUGCUGUCCGCUGCUAUCAAUGCUCCUCCCUGCAAGACCCCAAAUGUGGUGAACAUUUCGAAAAUAAUGACAUGAUGAAAAUCGAUUGUAAUCGCGUUAACGCACCAUAUUUCCUGCUCCAGCUGUUGUCAGGAACUCGUGUCAAUGCCACUGGUUGCAUGAAACAAACUUUGACUUCCACUUAUGGUGGUGCCAGUCAUAUCCUGCGUUCCUGCUACUUUGGUGAUAUUCGCCACACUGACACCGGAUGUCAAAUUGAUCCCACCAACACUGUGGCAAAGCAAACUUCCUGCAAUGUUUGUUCCGAUGAUUACUGCAAUUCCUCCUCGUCCAUGGCUCCCAUGGCUUUGGCCAUUGUGGCCUUCUUUGGUUUGGCACGCAUUUUAAUUGUGGCCAUUUGGUCAAUUUUGGCCACUCUACUGAUAGAUGUCGCCUGGGCCAUUGAAUGCUACCAAUGCGAAUCGGCACAAAAUUCCAAAUGUGGUUCUCGUUUCGAGCCUGACGAAAGCAUGAAAAUCGAAUGCACUUCCGCGCCGCGAUAUCUCAAACCCUAUCUGGAGAGUCAUAGCAAAGACGCCACGGGUUGUAUGAAACAAAUUAUGGAAAGCAAACUUGGUGGUAUACAUACAGUGCGCUCCUGUUACUAUGGCGAUUUAGCCAACAAAAAUAUUGGCUGUCAAAUUGAUCCCACCAAUGUAUUUAUGACACUGGAUUCCUGUUAUGUUUGUGACAAAGAUUGGUGUAAUGCAUCUUCAGCAAAAACGCCUGUGGCUGUUGUUAUUCUAUCAGUUCUAUGUUUCGUACGCUUUAUGUCAUGAUUUGUAUGUUAGAUGUUAAAAUUUUUUACAAAUAUCGUCCAAACUCUACAAGCUGAACUGAAAAUGUAUCCUAAGUUCAAUGGCUUUAUUAAUUUCAUGCAAUGAAAUCUAAAAUAAGUUUUUGUUUGUAAUAUACUUACGACCGUAUUCACCAAACUUAAUGAAGCCUUAAAAUAGGCUCAUUUGAAAGUUCUAUAAAUAAAAUCUGUCAAAUAAACCUAUUACGAAGCUUAAUUAAGUUUUGUCAAUAACAAUGUUAGUUGGCAAUAGUGCAAUGUAUUUGAUACAUUAAAGUUAAACUUUGUUGUUGUAUCUUAAUGAAAAAAGGCUUAACCUAGAAAAUAGAAUCUCCCAAUGAAUGUUGAUCCUACACCUUAUGCUCAUGGAAAAGUUUUGUUUUAUUUAGCCAUUUUUUUAAUAAAUUUAAAUAUUAAUUAAA